AUGUCCAGCGUUCGCCACCCAGCGGGAGAAUUCAAGCCAUCACGGCCUCAUGAUCAACAUCUAGAUGGCCCAAAGCAUAAACCCGGUGUCAAGGCAUCGCCGGCAGACUAUGCCCCUGAAUUCCACGCCCAGUCGGUCCCUGUAGGCUCUGCACCCCCAGAACACACAUACCAGCCGCAUCCAUCGGAGGAAUACCCAGGAGAUGAGGAAGGCGGUGUCCCUGCCAGUUCGACUUUGACGGGCGCCUCCUCCGCAGAUGUGGAUAGGGGGAUGGGGAAGCCUAUGCAGGGCGAGACCCGGACCGAACUUAGGCAUGAGGGUGAACAUCAUCGCAAGAACCGUGGCUCUGGUCUUGAGGGAGUGGGAGCAAACCCACUGAGCACAGAGACGGACAUGAAUAGGCUGCAGAGGGAGUGA